AAAAUGAGCACGUCAACUCUUGAUCAUUUUAGAAAUGUACUUCUGAAGUUUUUUAGAAUAGAAAUUUAUCAGCAUUCAACAGCUUGGACAGAUGGCAUAAAGGUAUAGAAUUAAGCACUACGGAUGGCAUUGUGUUUCGAUUCUACGAAAAUCGUGGUUCCAUGCCAAUACCAUUUGAUGGAUGUCCGUUCGUGCAAUUGGGAACAGAAGUAAGAGAAUGCCACUACGGUCCUAAUAGGAAGGAAAGAAAGAAAGCUCAGCCGAAUGAUCCCGAACAUGCAUACGCCGGUGGCAAGAGGAAAAUAAUUCAAAACACAAAGAAACACGGCUGUUGCUGCCAGAUUCGAAUGAAAACCAUCUUGCGGUUCCCAGACUAUAAGCUUGAAGGCACAGACACAAGGCGGAAAAGACAGGCUGUCAUAGAUCGGCUAAAAUCAGCUGAAGUCUCUUCUUUGAGAGGCGAAGUGUGUGUUCUUGUUGCCUAUGUUGGAACCCACGAACAUCACGUAAUGGGCGAGGAGGCUGGCUAUGGGCAGCGCCUGGACAAAGAGAUUUUGCAAAAGAUAAAGGAACUUGCAAUGAAGGAGGGCAUAACAAAUGCCACUGAAAUGAAAAGCCACAUAGCAUUGUUUGUGAAGAGCAAGUACAGUCACAUUCCCAAGUCAAACAGAAGAUUUCAUCCAACUAUGCAGGACCUUCGAUUCCACAUAUCUUCUGCUUUGAAAAGCAAUAUACACUGUUAUGAUGAUCAGGGAAAUUUGACUGCUUUAAUUUCUGAAUGGAAGAAGGAAUCUCCUUCAGACAAUUUCCAUUUUCGUCCAAGUGGAAUUUCAUCAGAGGGUGUUCCGCAAACAUUGCUAUUUGUGCAUCAAUCCGAAUUUCAACGAAAAAUGUUAAUGAAGUAUGGGAGCACAGUGGUGAUGGAUAGCACAUACAACACUUCCAAAUACAAUGUAUGUGUCUUUUUUAUGGCUGUGUUGACUGGAACAGGAUACCUCCCAGUAGGGACUUUCCUACUGGAGAAAGAGACAGCGCAUGAGAUAAAAAGUGCGUUGGAGGUCAUCAAGGGCUGGUGUCCAAACUGGAAACCAAGAUCCUUUGUUUGCGAUCUUGAUCAGAGAGAAAUCUCUGCCGUAGAGGAAUGUUUCAAAGAUUGCAUUGUAUUUACAUGCAAGUUCCAUAGAGAGCAGGCAUGGGAUCGUUGGUUGCGAGUUCAUGAAAACAAUGCACUGCAGCACAAGGACGCUAUUUUGAAAAGUCUGCGGAAAAUUGCAGACUCUGACAAUGAAGAUGAAUUGUCUGUCAACAUAGAGUUGCUGAAAUCCUGUGAUUUGUAUAGCAGCAAUGUUAAAUUUAAGAACUGGAUUGAACGUUAUUGGCUGGCGAAUAAGGAGAGGUGGGCCAGGUGCUACAGAAGAAAUAUCAUUGAGCUGACCAUUUCAACCACCAAUGGUGUUGAAAGUAUGAACAAUUUGUUCAAAACUAAAUAUCUGACGAGAUGGGGAAGGAAGAAAAGCUUAUCAACACUGGUGACAGUGAUUGUAAACUCUUUCAUACCAGACUCGGAAAAACAGUCAGUUUGUAAGCAAGAAUGUGCUUGGCUGGCAGCAGUCACAAACAAUACAACAAAUCGCUACCAGUUUUUCUGA